AGUUGAUUAUGGUCCAUCCACGAUUCCGCUAAACAUAACCUUCGAAUUGUUAUUGAGAAAAUUUCUCUCGUUUUGAGAUUGUGAGAUUUUAAAAAUAAAUCUUACGCUGGAGGCUUCAAUUCAACAGAUUGAAAAAAUGGAUAAUUUAUUAAAUUUCUGGGGUGGCAGCGAAGCAAAAGAAAGGAAAGACGGUCCUAUCUAUUACCAUUACACAAAUCGAAACGCGGCCGACUGUAUAUCUCGUGAUGGAAAAAUUAAGAAUUUCGGCAAUGGAAUUCUAUUAACUACUAUGGAUCCAGAAUUAUACUACCGUAACGAAAUUCUAUUCAACAAUUACGGCGACAAUAUUCCAUCUCGUAUUGAAAAUCGAGCCGACUAUUGUGUGCGCGUACUGCGCAGUUAUCUCAUCGAAAAGAAACUGAUUAAGGUGCCGAUGCCUUCGGAACGGUUGAUCUAUUUAUAUAACGAGGAUAUACGCGUAAGAGAGCUAGAUGUGUUCGAUAAACCGGCGUGUAAAAGAGAUUCUAAAAAGACUCAAUCUCAUGUUCCACAAUCCAGCUCGAGCUCAUUAUCGUCUCUGUUAUGCGUUGCCAAAGAAGAUGAACCUGAUGUGUCGCUGAAGAGGUCUGUGCUACAUGUUCAACAAUCAGCCUCGAGCGAUGUUCAACAAUCAGCCUCGAGCUUGCGUUCGCCAUGCGUGGCCAAAUAUGAAUCUAAUAUGGCAUUUAAGAAACCAAAGUGCAGCAAAAUGAACGAGAUCAAAAUGCAACUCCGACGUGACAUCAAAUUUAAUCAACCGGGUUAUCAAGAUGAACAUGUAACAGUUUGUGCUUUCGAAUGGAUGAAAGAUGGACUAAAGCGUAUACGAAAGUUCCUCGGUGAUGAAGAUCUGGAAGUGAAUGUUGCUGAUUCGGCUAAGUAUUGCAUUAUGGAAGGAAGUCUGUCACUGAAAGACUUACAGAUUAUCGCCAGAAAUGAGUCGUCGAAUACGACUGGCAGAAUAGAUUUUGGAAGUUACAAGGGAAUCAGCAGAGAAUUGAUUUAUUCGUUAAAAGACUUGAAUCGGCAAACUGUGAUUAUCGGCAAAGAUCGAACAACUGGCUAUGGUGGGUAUCCUAGCACCAACAAAAGAACACCACAAAGUGAACCGGUGUACGUUUGUGAUCUCAGUGGUCUUCAGUUCCAACAAUCAUACAACUCCGGACGACUUGUUCUUGUGGGUGAAGAUCUACCGAAAGGAUUGCUCGACGACUUUAUAUAUGAACAUGUUGUCAAUGAGAACAAACCAACCAUGGACGAUGUACGAAGCAAUCAAACUGGUCGUUUUAUAGAGGAAUCGGGAGUAUUCUUCGACACUAAGGCCUACGUCAAAUUUGUUGCUAAUGACGUGGUUCUAGCCGGAUUUGCCUUAAAUCGUUGCGCAACCGAAUCAAUAAAUUUCAAGUUUCUGAAGUAUGGAACUGGAUACUUUGCAGGACCGUUCCGAUACCUACUUGAUCGAUUCAUAGGACUUGGAGUAGCAGUAGGCCUGGAAUAUCUACUAAGAGUUCUACCGGAAAACCAUCGGAUAAAGGCUGUAGAGUUGCCGUUCUACGAUACAUUGCCCGCCAUUGGGAGCGUUUGUCGCAAGUAUAAUGUGGAGCUAAGGUACAGCAUGGACGAUGCUCUGAAAUGUACCCGGCGUGGACUGACGACUGCGACCACAAACAGUGCAGAUCCUCAUGCUAUGACAGGCAACCGAAUGGGUUUCGGCAGUGUUGACGGUGCGAUUGCAGAGAAUCUGCAGGGGAAAGCUAUCAAAUUUUCGCCAGUAAUCAAUGAAUCGAUGACGGAAUGUUUUGUCACAACUCACGAGCCAAAUCAUUUGAAUUAAAGAAAAUAUAUCGCUUCCAUCACUAACCAUAAUU